UUUGUUGCAAUUCAGACGGAGUCGGGAGAGAGAGAGGAGUGGCGACUUCGGCCACUUUAACACCAUAAACAUCUUCGAAGGGGACGGAUUUUGUAGGAAAUAAAGCUUGCUCUGCUUCCACACGAAGUCCACCAUCGCAUAUUUUCCCGCACGAAGGGCUUUUUCAACAUCCCAAGCCUGAGGAAGUCGGUUCUUGGCUUCUUGGAGCAUCGUGCGCCGAGGUGAGUUGAUGUUCAGCUCGGCUCCACGGGAAAACAACGCUCAUUGGCACAUGAUAACUUCAGACCUUGCUGGACACAGAAGUGCAGCGAGAAGUAGACAGAGAACUACUUCGAGGACCUGGGGCUCGAUUGGAGGUGAACGAUUGAAGAGAGAUCUCAGCUUCAUCAACUUUCUGACAACAAAGAGGUGACACGUAGUGCAGCAGCAGUAUGGGAGGCGGAGAGAGAUACAACAUUCCAGUUUCCCACCCUGAGCGCCCUUUGCCCAAGAAGAACCAUCAACUUGGCCGGUCUAAGCAGAGAAGCCGCGACCAGAAUGGAGCCGCAGUAUCUGCAGGAGGCGCAGUCGGCCUGCACCACCACGGCCACCGCCGGAGCGACAAAGGCGCAGCCUACCACAGGUCUCCAGAGGCGCGGCAGGCCGCGUCUGCAGACAAGAAUGCGUCUGUCCGCUUUGCCACCAACUAUGAUCAGAACUGGGAGGGUGCAGUGUCUCACCUCAACACGCUCCUGGCCACACAGGGGAGUCCCAGCUACGCGGGGCCUAAGUUCAGCGAGCCGCCCCUGCCUAGCGUGUUGCCCAAACCCCCCAGCCACUGGGUGUCCUUCCCAAUGGGCUCCUGUGACAACAGGGAGAUGAUGGCCUUCCAGCUCAAGAGCCUGCUCAAGGUGCAGGGCUGAGGGGGAUACCCACACUUGAUAGAUAAGCCAAUGUAUGAACUGGGACUCUUUUUGAGGGCACCCACCCACCAGGAACACCUCAGCGCUGUAAUACUUUUAACUGUUUUUAGAGCGACCCGUGUUGGGAGACAUUUGCAGCAAAUUUUUGCUGUGAAUGUUUGCUCAACACGUUUUUAAACCAAUAUUUCCAAACUAUUACAGCCUUGGAGCCUUGCUGGUAGGUAAUGCCUUCAGUGGAGUCAGUUUCUGUGAUUAAUGACGAACUGGAUAUCCUUUUUACUUAUGUUUUGUUUUGUUCUUUUUGAUGUCGGCUGUAAAAGCAGAUUGGGUGUGCUUCCCUCCCCCAACAAGGGUUAUAGUAUAGAUCAGGUAAAUUCCCAUCACUUUUACGGUCCAUUUCUGUGGACAGACAUGCUUUUUCAUUUACAUAAGUUUUACGACAAGCCUUUAGGGACACCUCUAAAGCUUCAGGUGCUAAAGCAAUCCACAUUUGUAGCAUUUUUUUGACUAGGGCCCCAAUUAUUUUUCUUUUUUUUUUGUAAUGCAAUCCUUGUUUGGGCUGGGAAAGACACUCAACUGCAAUUCUGCAGGGAAAAAAAGCUAUAUUACUGGAGGUAAUACGCUGUACAGUAAAGGUCAAAGUAUAACCUCAAACUGAAGGGUAAAAAGAGACCAUGGCACACGGGCCUCAGACUGUCAGCUCCUGUAUCUUUUUUAUUGCGCUGUGCGCACAUGCACUAUAGAAGUUGAACUUGUCUGAGGCCCAUAACACUCUAUCAUAGCAUUAUUUUGUACAAGUCCUUUAUUGUGGUUGAAAGAUGUAUGAAGUGCUGCGUGUAACCAAAGCAAUGUUUUCGCUGUAUUUUUUUUUCUCCUCUUUUUUUUUUAAAGACAUAUGUGUGGUCGGCCAUUGGUGCCAUUGCCACUUUAACUUUGCCAGCCCGAGUGGCGAGUGGGUACGAGUCCCUCGGGUCACUUCUGAGCGUUCAUCUGUUCCAAUCAGUUCUGUCAUUGCUCCUCAGUCUCCGCCUCCUCGGGGCAGUGCUGCAGCCUUCACAUGCGGAAGAGGGCCAGGCUUAGUAGUGUGACUGUUUAAGUUUCACUUUCUAAGUCAUGUGACAUGGUCCUGUGGGCUGUAUGCAUUUGUAAGAAAGGUGUGGCAGAGCUGAGGGAGGUUCCUGAAGAGACGUGGCCCCAGGGACUCAACACGAGGCAGGAGGUUUGUGUUUAUGUUUACAAAAUAUAGGUCUCAGAUGUUGACUAUCCCAUAAUCAACAGACACUCUGCCUCCUGUCUCUGCCUCUUGUUUGCCCUCUUGCACUGCAAUCAAACUAGUUUUUAAUAAGUUACAGGCCAGGAUGCUAUUGAAAUGAUGGAGGCGUAAUUGACUAUCUCCCUAUGGAUUCUCUAUUUUUGUGACUCAAUCCUCUAUUGAGGCUCUUUUUGCUUUCCCCUUGCAGAAUUGGAGGUGUUUGAGGCCAGCGUAAAGAUGACAAAACAAAGUAUGAGAGCUUGUUAAUGUGUUCAAGAGCCAUGUAAAUAAUGAAAUGUAUAAAGUACUUGUAGCAUAUGUACAUUUGCAGGCCGAGUUUGAGGCCUGUCUGACAAAAGUAUUUUUAGUAAUAACACUGAAUGUAUAAGACAUGCUAAGGACGUGUCUUGACUUCAAUGUCUUGACUUCAAUACUGAAGAAUAUUUUUGUUAAAAAAAAAAAAACUGCCUAUAGCAUUUCUAAGUACCCCUGCACUGUAAUCUUUCCAGAGAUCUUGCACAUGGUUUUUUAUUGUUUUGUAUAAAGCAGUGUAGGGUGAAAUAUGCUAAGUGCAAAUUAAGUAAAACUGCAAAAUGUAAAUUGGAUCCGAGGAGACUUGCCCAUGUAUGGACCCGAGUUCUGAAUGUGCUUGCUUUAUGCAAGCGUGAUGCUUUUAAUCCUGAGUUGACCUGUUUGUGCCUAAGUUAAACUCCAUGCUGAAACGACUAUUUUCAUUAGGUGGCUAUGCCACAAAUUGACCAAAUGUUUAUAUUUUUUAUUUUUGCCAGAACCACCUUCAAUUCUCAGCUGUUCUUCCGCCAGCUGACAACUGAACCUGGUCCCAUGUUGUUUAAGUUCUACCUAUUGGUUGUUCAUGUAAACAUUUUCUUUCUUGCUCUGAUUGAGUCGUGCAUGGCAGUCUCCUUAUUCUAAAUUUGAAACUUGUAUUCAAUUGGCUGUUAAUUUAUCCCACUGAAAAAAUGUCACCUAAGUUGAAAAGACAAUGCCCUGUUUAAAAUUGGUAUGAAUUGGUGUUUUUAAAAGAUGCAAUUGUGAAAGAAUGCACUAUGAAUUGAUGACAAAUUUUACAAAAAAAAGAAGAAAUAAAUCCCUUUCCCUCCCCCCC